GCUCCGACCACAACCCCUCCCCCAAAUGGAACCCCUCGCCCCAUCGUCAUCGUCGUCGUCGUCGUCGUCGAAGAAGCCUCCGAUCGAUCCCUCCCCCGCCGCUGCCGCCGCCGACGACGACGGCCGGAUCUGGACCCCGGAGAAGCCGCCCCAGCUCCCGCGGCGGAGCCGCAACCGGAGCCUGGCCUUCUCGGUGAAGGAGGUGAAGCAAGCAGCCCUGCAGCUACAGAGGCCCGAGAAGGGAUCGGGAUCUGAUGCUGCCGGUGCAGAUCUCGGCCGAUCCGACGACGCCCUCUCGUUCGUGGAGCGUCAGCUGCGAACGGAGUCCGAUCGCAGAUCGAGCCCGUUGAAGCCCAAGCCGCAGAUCAGGCUACCGGAGAAAUACGAGAUACUGUGCGAGUUUUUCAAUUCUAUGGAAAGCUCGAUCCGGUUGCUUCGCCUGAAGGGAUCCAUGUUGACAUUUCCAAACAUCUGUACUAGUAUUCAACAUUUGACUGAGAGGAGGUUUACUUACGAGCAUUUAGCGCAAAUUAAGCACAUAUUAUCGGAAGCCAUUUUGAUCAAGAAGGUGCUUUUGCGCGAUGAGACAACUUGCUGCAUGAAGCCGGAGCUUCAGAUAACUCUGCAGCUUGAGGCUGUAGGGAGCAAUUCGAAGCAGAAGGGCGAAACUGGAUAUUCAAUUUUGAGGAGGCUCUUCAGAGAAAGGCUUGUAGAUUUCUUCAAAGAACAUCCAGAGGGGGAUGAAAUUCCAGUAGCGGAGUUGCCACAUCCGUUUAACCGAUCAAAACCAAGUGAAAUUGCAACAUCAGAACCAAGAGCCAUCACUGAUUUGCAGUUUGCAGAAUCACCUUCUAUUUCUUCUCCUCUGCACCAACCUGUUGUUCUGUCUCACAUGUCUCAGUCUUUCCGUAAACGGUUUUCUCAGAAGAAAGAUGCAUUACCAGAUUCAUGUACGACAUCUUUCGCAUGUAUCAGAAGUGCUUCUCAAAGAGACGAUCCUCCGGUUUCUCUGCUUCCAUUGUCCAAACAAUCUGUUCCAAAACCACCUGUGAUUACAAAAUCAUUGCAGAGUUCUCCCAUUUCAAUGAAAAAAGUUGAGGGUACCCCUGCCAAGGUCGUCUCUACGCCAAUUAGGCUAAUGACCGCUACACCAGAUCUCCAAACACCGAAGAGAUGUUAUACAGAUAAAGGUUUUGAUUCUCCCCAACUGAAGAAGGUACCGAAGCGAUCAGCGCGAACUAAAUUAUUCAACACACCGACAAAGAAUGUGGAAGCAAGGGAAGAGGAGGAGGAAAACAGAAGUUCCAGCAAUGAAGAUCAUGAUGAUAUCCUGGGUUUUCUACCAAAGACUCUGUUACAAUCUAUAAGAGAGAAGGAAAGGAAAGCUUGGGAGGACAAACAGGCCGGAGCUGCUGAUAUUGUUAGACGGCAGAAGUUGAUAGCAUCUUUGCCUAGUACUUUUGACAUGAUCUUACUUAUCUGUCAGUCACUGAAUCGAACAGUGAUGACAAAGCAGGAGCUUAUUUAUAAGAUAUUUGCAAGUCACUCAAAAAUAGCUGACAGAGGUAAAGUUGAAGAACAGUUGAAACUGUUGCAAGAACUUGUUCCAGAUUGGAUCUCUGAAAAGACGGCACUUAGUGGAGAUCUUCUCUACUGUGUUAACAUGAUAGCGAGUGCAGACGAGAUUCGACAAAGACUAGUAGAAGCUGAGUAGAAGGAGCAUGUCCCUUGGAAUUGAGAUACUAAGCAAAGCACAUUGCGUGGUCAUUUUGUUAAGCAGCUUUUUGUCUCACAAAAUUUGGUAGUAGCAAAUGGAAGCUGCAAUUUACAUACAUUAUGCCGAGUACAGAGAUUUUUGCGAAGCUCUCUCAAUGCUCGCCCGAUCUUAUAUUGUUCUCGUCAGAUUUUAUAUUGCUUUUUAGAAGUUAAAUGUUGUAAAUAAACCAUUCUCACUCUUGAUGCGUAAAAGCAUUGCUUUUCCUGGUAUUGUGCUCAUUGGAGCUCCUUGUUGAGUUAACAUAUUCUUCUAAUGAGAAAUCUUAUCCUGCAAAGCUACCGAAAUUGUCCAGGAAUAUUUAUCAGAA